AUGCAAGUAGUUCGGCUUCUCGCCAUCGCCGUUGUCGCCGUAAUGGCACUCGAUUCGGUUGCAAGUGCCCCACAAGCGGACUCCAACACUGCCGAAGAGGUAUCACAUAACGCGCUAGACGUAAUCCUCGGCGCAUCCAGCACUGCUGGCUCCGCUGUUGCAGGGGCUACCGACUCCGCAUCUGGCUCCAAUAGCGCCUCCAAUGUUGCCACGGGUGUCUUCACGACGGUCAUGGCUGUGGCUGCUGCCGUUCUCGUAUAA